AUGAAUGAUAGCGCACAACCGUGUAUUAAUGCUCUUCCGUCUAGCGAAAGUGGGGCUCGAACGCCGUUCUUAACGGCCAAGAAACUGGAAGAAAACGAACAAGUCAUCACUUCCAAUACGAAUAAUCAGAAAACCAACUCGGAUACCGAUUUUGACUCCGAAUCAGGACUCAGCACUUCCUCAAGCACUAGUAGGCCCAAGACGUGGAUAUGCGAAUAUGAAGGCUGCAAUAAGGCCUUUUCGAGACCAUCACAGCUGACGGAACAUCAAGAAAGCGUUCACAGGGGAAUUAAGCCCUUUCAAUGUCCUCAAUGCGACCAACAUUUCAGUCGGAAAUCUCAUCUAGAGAGGCAUCUUUUUUCGCAUUCGCAGGAAAAGCCCUUUCGCUGCUCAGUGUGUAAUAAGGGCGUCACAACAAAGCAACAACUGCGCAGACAUGAAAUUACCCACACCAGAUCCUUCCAUUGUCCCUACGAAAACUGUUCUGAAAGCUUUUAUAAACACCCACAACUGAGAUCCCAUAUCCUCUCAGCACAUUUGCAGAAACUGACCUGCGAACACUGCGGUAAAAAGUUUCAGCGUCCUUACCGACUAAAAGCACAUCUGGACAAACAUCACAAUCCAGACUCUGUUUUCAAAUACCAGUGCACGCAUAAUGCGUGUCUGGAAGUUUUCAAGACGUGGACCGCAUUGCAACAACAUAUCAAGGAGCAACAUCCCAAGCUUUCAUGCCCCAUAUGCAGCAGGGCCUGUGUGGGGGAAUCCGGUUUGGCCAUGCACAUGAAGGUACACGACACCGCAACUGUUAUAAAAAACUGGAAGUGCGAGCGCUGUCCAGAUCUGUUUUUUGCCAAGAAAACGGACUUAAUGUCGCAUUACAUGGAUUUUCACAAGGAGCUUGUUUCCGAUUUGCUGGCGAACGAAGAAAUGUGCAACAAAAUUCACGAUACCGCGCACCAGGCUCCAGUAGCCACCAAAUCAAAACGGCGCUCAAAGCUAGGGGCACAUACUCAAGAAUCUGAGCUGGAAUCAAUACAAACUGAGGUCACAUUGCGCAAGUAUUUGGAGACAGGAAAAUCUACGGUCUCAUUACUGCACCAUUCCGCAGGCAGGAAGCUCCAAUGCUCUUUUCCGAAAUGUUAUAGAACAUUCAAGACUCAAGAAAGGUACGAUCGACACAUACAAAAACACAAAAUUCACGAAUUGAAGCUCAAAAUAUUACAAGGUCGAGAAACUGAGAAAGAAUCUACGGACGCAUCGACUGAACGCAUUGAUCAGGUACCCAGGGUGAAGGAUAUAUAG